GACAGACACACACAGACACUCGAAGUUGAGAGGCGCAAGCAAGCAGAAGAGUGAAGAGUAAACCUUGAAACCCAGUGCAACCUGAACCUGAAGCCUUGAGAGGAAAGGAAGUGAACCUUCCGAUCAUGUUUAAAAGGAAAUUGGCCGCCUUGGAUCACCAUGCGCCUGAAUCAGUCAACAUCAAUGAUGAAAGGGAGAUUAAAAACUUAGUUUUGUGGUUGGAAAAUCAGAAAAUCCGGCGCUACAAAAUUGAAGAAAGAGGUCCUUUACAAGCAGAAGGCGAACAAUGGCGUGCUAACUUUGACAAGUAUUGUAGGGAUCUUGCCAGUCCCAUAGUAGAUGGUGCUAUGGCAGAAAAACUUGAAUGGCUCAUUGGUUAUGCAAUCAGCCUCGAAUAUGCUGACAACGCUGAAAAAUACAGAGGUCAAACAGCACAGAAUAUUAGCCAAACUAUUGUUAAUGUACCAAAAGUGGAAUCAUCAAAUCCUCUGGAUAAUUUGGACUUUGAAUCUUCAGAUUUUAAGAAGGGGGUUAUAGCACUUGCUCAAAUUUUAAAUAUAACACCCCAUCCUGAUCAUUUGGUCACUCUGAAAGCUGUUAGUAAAGUAGUCAGGGAAAGAUUAAAUCAAGAUGCCCUAGAUAAUCCUAGCAACAUCAUUGUAAAAGGAAAACCUUUUCCAUUUCAAGAAGCUGAUCUAGGAUUCGACAUGGGAGACUAUGUCCUGAAUGAAGCUGCCAAAAUUCUCCGCCUUCUUUACAUUCACGAUUUGAGAAACUUGCAAACGCACAUCAAUGAAACAAUUGUUGCGGUUCAGUCAAUUACCGCUGAUCCUAAGACAGACACAAAACUGGGACAAGUUGGGCGGUAGUGGCUCCUCAAUCAGUCAGGACUGGUACUUCUAUUAAAGUGCCAUCUGUAUGGAUAAUGAUCAAACUUCUCUAUUGUUUUACAUUGUUUCCAAUGCUGACAAAUAAGUAGAAAAUUUAUUAACUUUGAGAACAUUUUUCCAUAAUGCUUUGUAUUUCUGUUUUGCGCUACUACUUUUGUCAAUCUUAUCGUAUCGAUUUGUCCCAUGCUUUGUAUUGUAUUUUACUGAUCCAUCACAGUGGUAGUUUGUUUUAAAAUACCUCCAUUAACAUUACUCUAAGGCCUAUUAUCAUUGUGAAAAGCAUUUGUAAUUAGAUAUGCUGUAUGUUUAUUGACAAAAUAUCACCAAUUAAUUCUGCAACAGAUAUAAAGUACUAUAGGUACAACAUCUCAA